AUGUUCUCGGCAACGGGAAAGCGUUGUUUUACCAUUGAGUCUUUGGUGGCGAAGGAAAGCCCCUUAACACCAGAAGACCCUAUUCGCCCUACCGCACUAAGCUACGCGGCGCCUGCUGACAGUUUUCUUAACGGGUAUCAAAGCCCCGCAGGCCGCGCGCUCUAUCCAAACCCCGAACUGGUGUUCUCGGAGACUGUGAACCAUGCACCUCUCAGCAUGCACCCACACCAGCUCGGCAGCACGCACCUCCAGCACCCGCACUUCUUUGGCACGCAGCACCGUGAACCACUCAAUUUCUACCCGUGGGUCUUAAGGAACAGGUUUUUUGGCCAUCGGUUUCAAGGGAACGACGUCUCGCAGGACACGCUGCUACUACACGGACCUUUCGCGAGGAAGCCCAAGCGGAUCCGCACCGCGUUCUCGCCCUCUCAGCUGCUGCGCCUGGAGCGGGCCUUCGACAAGAACCAUUAUGUGGUCGGAGCCGAACGGAAACAGCUCGCUAACAGCCUCAGUCUCUCUGAGACUCAGGUGAAAGUGUGGUUCCAGAACCGCAGGACCAAGUAUAAGCGACAGAAGCUGGAGGAAGAGGGCCCGGAGUGCACACAGAAGAAGAAGGGAAACCACCACACUAACCGCUGGAGAAUUGCCACCAAACAGACCGGAUCUGAGGACAUAGAUGUCAUGUCUGAUGCCUAAGACCAACCUAAACACUACCCAAAUGAACACACAAGACCAAGAAAAGCACUAUUUAUUUAAUGUUAUUAGUCAUGAUAUUCUAAACCUAACUGCAGAGAACCUGCCCAUGUGAGUGUGGUGAUUGUGAAUUAAGGAUGAAUUAAACAGGUCAGCAAGGAAUCUACA